AUGGCCUCCAGGGUCCUCUCCCGCUGCACACGGAAACAUCUGUAUGGAUUGUUUCAUUACAGCACCACGAUGCUUGGACUUGAAUCGCUUCCAGAUCCCACAGAUACCUGGGAAAUUGUAGAGACCAUAGGUAAAGGCACCUAUGGCAAGGUCUACAAAGUAACUAACAAGAGAGAUGGGAGCCUGGCUGCAGUAAAAAUUCUAGAUCCAAUCAGUGAUAUGGAUGAGGAGAUUGAGGCAGAAUACAACAUUUUGCAGUUUCUUCCGAAUCACCCCAACGUUGUAAAGUUUUAUGGGAUGUUUUACAAAGCAGAUCACGGUGUGGGAGGACAGCUGUGGCUGGUCUUGGAGCUGUGUAAUGGGGGCUCCGUCACCGAGCUUGUCAAAGGUCUACUCAGGUGUGGCCAGCGGCUGGAUGAAGCAGUGAUCUCAUACAUCUUAUAUGGGGCCCUCUUGGGCCUUCAGCAUUUGCACAAUAACCGAAUCAUCCACCGUGAUGUCAAGGGGAAUAAUAUUCUUCUGACAACAGAAGGAGGAGUUAAGCUCGUUGACUUUGGCGUCUCAGCGCAACUCACCAGUACACGUCUGCGGAGAAACACAUCUGUCGGCACCCCAUUCUGGAUGGCCCCUGAGGUCAUUGCUUGUGAGCAGCAGUAUGACUCUUCCUAUGACGCUCGCUGUGACGUCUGGUCCUUGGGGAUCACAGCUAUUGAACUGGGGGAUGGAGACCCUCCCCUCUUUGACAUGCAUCCUGUGAAAACGCUUUUUAAGAUUCCAAGAAAUCCUCCACCUACUUUACUUCAUCCGGAAAAAUGGUGUGAGGAAUUCAACCACUUCAUUUCACAGUGUCUUAUUAAGGAUUUUGAAAAGCGGCCUUCCGUCACACAUCUCCUCGACCACCCAUUUAUUAAGGGAGUCCGCGGGAAGGUUUUGUUUCUGCAAAAACAGCUGGCCAAGGUCCUUCAAGACCAGAAGCAUCUAAAUCCUGUUGUUAAAACCAGGCAUGAAAGGAUGCAUACCAGAAGACCCUAUCAUGUGGAAGAUGCAGAAAAAUACUGCCUUGAGGAUGAUUUGGUCAAUCUCGAGGUUCUGGAUGAGGAUACAAUUAUUCAUCAGUUGCAGAAGCGUUAUGUGGACUUACUGAUUUAUACAUAUGUUGGAGACAUCUUAAUUGCCUUAAACCCCUUCCAGAAUCUAAACAUAUACUCUCCACAGUUUUCCAGACUUUAUCAUGGAGUGAAACGUGCCUCAAAUCCCCCCCACAUAUUUGCAUCAGCAGAUGCUGCUUACCAAUGCAUGGUUACUUUCAACAAAGACCAGUGCAUUGUCAUCAGUGGAGAAAGUGGCUCUGGGAAGACGGAAAGCGCCCACCUGAUAGUUCAGCAUUUGACCUUCUUGGGAAAGGCAAGUAAUCAGACCUUGAGAGAGAAAAUUCUGCAAGUCAACUCUCUGGUGGAAGCCUUUGGAAAUGCAUGCACUGCCAUCAAUGACAAUUCCAGCCGUUUUGGAAAAUAUCUGGAAAUGAUGUUUACACCAACUGGAGCUGUGAUGGGGGCAAGAAUCUCUGAAUAUCUCCUUGAAAAAUCCAGAGUUAUAAAACAGGCAGCGGGAGAGAAAAAUUUUCACAUAUUUUACUAUAUUUAUGCUGGCCUUUACCACCAAAAGAAACUUUCUGAGUUCAGACUUCCUGAGGAAAAGCCUCCUAGGUACAUAUCUGAUGAAACCGGAAGGGUGAUGCACGACAUAACUUCCAAGGAGUCUUACAGAAGACAGUUUGAAGCAAUUCAGCAUUGCUUCAGGAUUAUAGGGUUCACUGACAAGGAGGUGCACUCAGUGUACAGAAUUUUGGCUGGGAUUUUGAAUAUUGGAAACAUUGAGUUUGCAGCUAUUUCCUCUCAACAUCAAACUGAUAAAAGUGAGGUGCCCAAUGCAGAAGCCUUGGAAAAUGCUGCCUCGGUUCUCUGUAUCAGCCCUGAAGAGCUCCAGGAGGCCCUCACCUCACACUGUGUGGUCACCCGGGGUGAGACCAUCAUCCGCGCCAACACCGUCGACAGGGCCUUGGAUGUCCGAGAUGCCAUGUCCAAAGCCCUGUAUGGGAGGCUUUUCAGCUGGAUCGUAAAUCGCAUCAAUACACUCCUCCAGCCAGACAAAAAUUUACGUACUUCAGACGAUGGUAUGAACGUGGGGAUCUUGGAUAUUUUUGGAUUCGAGAACUUUCAGAGAAAUUCAUUUGAGCAGCUCUGCAUAAACAUCGCCAAUGAGCAAAUCCAAUACUAUUUCAAUCAGCACGUUUUUGCUCUUGAGGAGAUGGAGUAUCAGAAUGAAGGCAUUGACAUGACACCCGUGGAGUAUGAGGACAAUCGCCCCCUCUUGGAUAUGUUCCUCCAGAAACCUCUGGGACUGCUCUCACUUUUGGAUGAGGAGAGUAGGUUUCCCCAAGCAACGGACCAGACCCUGGUUGAUAAAUUUGAAGAUAAUCUCCGAUGCAAAUACGUCUGGAGGCCCAAAGGAAUGGAGCUGUGCUUUGGCAUUCAGCACUAUGCUGGAAAGGUAUUAUAUGAUGCUUCUGGGGUUCUUGAGAAAAACAGAGACACUCUCCCUGCCGAUGUGGUUGUCAUACUGAGGACAUCGGAAAACCAGCUUCUUCAGCAACUCUUCUCAAUCCCUUUGACCAAAACAGGUAACUUGGCCCAGACAAGAGCCAGGAUAACAGCAGCCACAAGAUCUUUGCCUCCGCAUUUCAGUGCCGGGAGACCCAAGGUGGACACUCUGGAGGUGAUACGGCAUCCGGAAGAAACCACCAACAUGAAGGGGCAGACCAUGGCUUCUUACUUCCGGUAUUCUCUGAUGGAUCUGCUCUCCAAAAUGGUGGUGGGACAGCCCCACUUUGUACGCUGCAUCAAGCCCAACGAUGACCGAGAGGCACUGAAGUUCACCCGAGACAGAGUGCGGGCCCAGCUCCGCUCCACAGGCAUCCUAGAGACGGUCAGCAUCCGCCAGCAGGGUUAUUCCCACCGUAUCCUCUUCGAAGAGUUUGUGAAAAGGUAUUAUUAUUUGGCAUUCAGAGCACAUCAAACACCUCUUGCUAGCAAAGAGAGCUGUGUCGCUAUCUUGGAAAAGUCCAGAUUAGAUCACUGGCUGCUGGGAAAAACAAAGGUUUUUCUCAAGUAUUACCAUGUUGAGCAGUUAAAUUUGCUACUGCGGGAAGUCAUAGGCAGAGUGGCUGUGCUGCAGGCCUAUGUCAAGGGGUGGCUUGGAGCCAGGAGAUACAAAAGAGUCAGAGAGAAGAGAGAGAAGGGGGCCGUUGCCAUCCAGUCAGCCUGGAGAGGAUAUGAUGCUCGGAGGAAAUUUAAGAAAAUAAGCAACAGAAGGAGUGAGUCUGCUGUUCAUAUUCAAGCAGGGAGCCCUUCAGGCCAAAGCUGUGAUCUACACCCCACCGUUGCAGGGGGCACCAGGGGAACUGCCCAGGUUCAAGACUGCAGUGAGCCCGGCGACCACAAAGUUCUGAGGGGCUCUAUCGAUCGUAAAAGCAGUCCACACGCAGAAUCCAGCAAUGGCCAUGCAGAGACUUCAAGCAACUCUCCUGCUAUCGCUGAGAAAGAUCGGCAUUCACAAGCCCAGAGUUCUUCAGAAGGGUGUGAUGUCUUCGCAGGACAUUCAAAUGAGCACUCAGUUUCUGGGACUGAGUCUCUCUCUUCUCAGACAUGCCAUGCUGCUCCAGAUCGCCCAGGACUGAGUCCCUCGAGGGGAGCCCCUGCAAAAUCUGAUUCAGAAAAUGGUCUUGCACAGAAGCAGCGAACACCUCACCGAAGAUGUCAGCAGCCCAAAAUGUUGAGUAGUCCUGAGGACACCAUGUACUAUAACCAGUUAAAUGGAACUCUAGAAUAUCAAGGGAGCAAGAGGAAGCCAAGAAAACUUGGCCAAAUCAAAGUGCUUGAUGGGGAAGAUGACUAUUACAAAUCUCUGUCACCUGUGGGCUCUAUCCCCGAGGAGGACAGCUCAGCCCACCCUCUCUUUUUUUCUUCAUCCUCAAAGGGAGCAUCUUCUGCUCAGCACUGA